AUGGCCCAACCCUACGAAUCCUACGAGCCCCCUACCCACAUUCCACCCUUCGUGAAACAGCUCACUCCUUACGUCAAGACCCAGCAAGAAGCUCUCCGCAUUCGCCAGGCCUUGACUUUAUACCUGCAAUCGUUGAUUGUCUUCAACGAUGACACAUUCCACACCUCCCACCUCGCUCUAUGCGCACCCACCGAUGCCGUCGUCGAUGUGAAGCGAACACCAGCGGACGUCUCAGGACUAAGAAAGGAGUACCUGAAGGCACUCCAGGCAAAUAUAGCUGCUCGGAAGGAUUUUCGGGUCGCAUCAGACGAUGUGGCUUUGCUGAGACGCCAAAGGGCAUCCCGCACACGAUAUGUUGACCCCGCCGAUCCGCAGGAACCCGGCGCGGACCUGCGAGAUUACGUUUCGCUUUUGCGGGAUCGACGCCGCUAUACGAAGCUUCAGGUCUUCCAGCAUUAUCUAGAGGAGCUGAAGGCAAAGGAGCCGACUGGUCUGGAUUUGGGCGAGGAUUCAAGCCAGGUCUUGUUACCUGAGGGACUGGACGUGGACGGACCAGACCAUAAGGACCCCGAGACAGAUCUAGAGGGAUUGGUACAUAAGCUGGAACGGGCUGUGGUGCGGGCCCGAACACAAUUGGAUCGGGAGAAACGGCUGUUCGAGAAGGUCAAAACGCAGCAUGAUGCCAGAGAAAAGACUUCCGACAGUGUGCCGUCUGCAGUCAAAGCUCAGGCAUUGCAGCGCACACGCGAUGAGCUGGUACAAUGGGUCGAAGAACGAUUGGUCAGUGAAGUAGAUCCGGAUGAGAGUAUGGUACAAGAACUGCCGGCAGAGGAGAUCGAAGAAGCCCAGCGUCUACUAGAACAACACAAGGUGCAAAUCAAGGAGCAGUACGCGGCCUAUCUUCAGGCACGACGAGAGCUUCUUGAUGCUGCCUCCAAAGCCUGUCAACCUGUGACUGUGACCUCGAAACCUCAAUCUCGAUCUACCCACAGAACUGAAAUUCUCGCUGAGGAGUCACCGGCUCCCAGUCCAUUGGACGUCCUGUCUUACGCAACUGAAACUCUCGUUCCCCUGUCCAAAAGCCAGAAAUCGCUAGCUCUACAAAAGUCCUAUAUCUCUGGACUUCUCGCCAAGGAAAAAUCUACGACUCUACGCGCCUUGCACCGUAUACGAGAUGAAAGCCAUCUCCUUCCCGAGUAUCCCCUGCUGGCCCGUCAACCACGCUUCAAGCAUGCAGUUGCGGCCCUCAAUUCACGCAAUCAAUCCCAAUCCCCCGAUCAGAACCAGCCGGAUGAAAUUGUGGGUCUGGCAGAAGCAUGGGCAUUUGCCUCGGAAGCAGCCGCCGCCAACGAGAGCGAUCGUGUACAACAGAAAGUGGUAUUGGGAACGGAAGUUGCACAAGAUGCACGUAAGACGUUGGGCGAAGUUUAUGGCAUCUUGAAGCAAGAAUUGAGCGGUGUUAUGCCAGACGCGGAUCUUGAGACUACGUCAGAUAUCUGGGCCUCCGAAGCUCACACAACGCGAGGGGUCGGCAACCACAGUGGGUCCCGCGAGAAAAGACCAAACGGACCCUGGUCGGGACUGCACGGGCGCAUUGGCCUGGAAUAG